AUGGGACGUGCCGGAGUCAUGGAUGACGGUGUUGUCCUGAUGACUGCGCUUCUCCUGCUGCUGGCCGCUGUGGCUGUCUGGUGGGCUGUUGGCCACUGGCAACCAUGGAGGCAGCAGACAAGGAAGGCAAAGGAGAGCAAGCGUCGCUGGGUCUGGCCUAGAGGCUCACGGAGGAAGCAAGGAGCCCCUGUGGCUCCGAGAUACUCCAGGCCCCUGGCGGCCCCUGGCCCUCUGGAGAGAACUGGAGGAGCCUGUUGUGGCUCGUCUGGUUCCUCCAGAAGCCUGCAUCACCCCAAAAGGCUGCUCCCAGGAAGAUUCUCCACCCCUGGGAAAGCCUCAAGCCCUGCAAGGAUGGCACACCAGCAGAGACCUACCAUCCUUGCAGGAACCUCAGGCUGUCAGAGACCCUCCAUUCUGCCAGGAGCCUCUGCUAUCUCUGACAGCCUCCAUCCCUCGCAGAGGCUCAGGGAGACCUGUCCGCCUGCACAAGGUGCAGAGCCCAUCGACAGUUCUUCCAGCUCCCUUGGACUCACAGACUUCAACAAGAAGGGUACAACCCUGACCAUUGACGUGGCCAGGGAAAGCCCAGAAGUCCAAGUGGGAGCCCAGCCCAAGCCAGGGGAGCCUUCUCAGGAGCAGCUGGCGGAGCAGCAAGCAUCCUGGAAGCAGCAGUUGUCAUCUCACAGCUGCCAGAAUGCUGUGCAAGUUGUGCCAGCUGGCAACAGCGCAAACCUGGUGGUGGAGACGACCCUCAAAACACCAAGGAGGUUCCUCCAUCUCCAGGAAGCUGCCCCAAGACGGCCCUUGACUACCGCCAAGGCCUUUCUAAGAGCAGCUGCUCCUGACACCCCCCUGUGCAAAGCCUUGGGCUGUAGCCCCGGCUGUUCUCAACACCAGAGUCCAGCCCACAGCGCCGGGGACAGUGACGGUGCCAUCCAGCCACACUGCACUCCGGCUCCUGCAGCCUCUGCGUGCUCUGCUGUGCCAGCUCUGCUGCUCAACAGCCCGACGGCUGCAGGGCGGUGGCCACUGCUCGGCAGGCAGCAGGAAGCAGAAAAGAAGACGCUGCAGGAGCUGUACCAGCUGGGUCCACAGCUGGGGAGUGGUGGCUUCGGCACCGUUUUCUCAGGCAUCCGCCUCUCUGAUGGGAGCCCUGUGGCUAUUAAACGCGUGGCUCGGGACAGCGUCCUGCAGUGGGACGAGCUGCCCGACGGCACCCGUGUUCCUGUGGAGAUUGUGCUGAUGGAGAAGGUGGGCUCUGGCUGCCACAACAUCAUCCAGCUCCUUGACUGGUUUGAGCUGCCUGACAGCUUCCUGCUGGUGAUGGAGCGUCCGGAGCCAUCGCAGGAUCUCCUGCACUUCCUGCUGGAGCAGGGGUUCCUGUGUGAGGAGUUGGCACGCUGGCUUUUCUGUCAGGUGCUGGAGGCCGUGCGGCACUGCACUGCCUGCGGCGUCUUGCACCGAGACAUCAAGCCAGAGAACCUCCUCUUGGACCUGGACAGCGGCAACCUGAAGCUCAUUGACUUCGGUUGCGGCACCUUUCUCCAGGAGCAGGUCUUCACGCAAUUUGCCGGAACACGCACGUACAGCCCACCCGAGUGGAUCUGCCUUGGCGUCUACCAUGGCCAUUCAGCGACCAUCUGGUCCCUGGGCGUGCUGCUGUAUGUCAUGGUGUGUGGCAACCUCCCCUUCCGGGAGGACCAGGACAUCAGGUUGGGGCAGCCCUUCUUCAGGCAGCAGAUCUCUCCAGAGUGCCAACAUCUGAUCCGCUGGUGCUUGUCCAAGCACCCUGCGGACAGGCCAGAGCUGGAGGAGAUCUUGCGCCACCCUUGGGUGCGGGGCCGGCGUUUCUAAUGCCUUGCUGGAGCCUCUGCAGCACCCACUUCCUGAAUCCCAUGCGGGACUGAGGACCCAAAAAAUAAAACCAUAAACCAU